AUGGCUCAGUUCCAGCAGGACACCAGAGCAGACAUGAAAGAUAUGGAGGUUCGAAUAAGCCAAAUGGCAACUGCCAUCAAUCGCCUGGAAUCCCAUGCUCAUGGGAAAUUGCCAUCGCAACCCGAGGUAAAUCCCAGGAAUGUGAGUGCCAUGACACUGAGGAGUGGCAAGGAAUUGGAGGAAUCUAAAGUGGAGAAUGCGAAAAGCAAAAGCGAGGAGGAAAUAGAAAAAGAAAUUGAAGAGGAAGGACGCAUUCGCGAGGAUCCUAAGGUACCAUUCACUCCUCCACCCCUUAUUAAAUCUAACUUACCUCCCUUUCCUUGCAGGUUGGAAAAGACAAAGAAGGUAGAGAAGGAAAAAGAGGUUUUGGAUGUGUUUCGAAAAGUGGAGAUCAACAUCCCCUUGCUGGAUGCAAUCAAGCAGAUAUCGAAGUACGCCAAGUUUUUGAAAGAUUUGUGCACCCACAAAAGGAAGCUAAGGGGUGACGAAAGAGUAGCGGUGGGAGAAAACGUGUCAUCUAUACUCCAAAAGAAACUCCCACCAAAUUGUGGAGACCUAGGUAUGUUCACCAUUCCCUACAAAAUAGGAGGUACCCCAAUUAGGAAAGCGAUGUUGGAUUUGGGGGCGUCAAUUAAUGUUAUGCCUAAGACAAUUUAUGUCUCCUUUAAUCUUGGGCCAUUAAAAGGCACGGAUAUUAUAAUCCAACUAGCAGACCGUACCAACGCUUACCCAGAGGGGUUAGUUGAAGAUGCUUUGGUACAGGUCAAUGAGUUAGUCUUUCCUACAAAUUUUUAUGUCCUAGAUAUGGGGGAUGAGAGGUCAUUAAAUCCGUCACCUAUUUUGCUAGGUAGACCAUUUUUAAGCACUGCUAGGACAAAAAUAGAUGUGAAUGAGGGUACUUUGUCGAUGGAGUUUGAUGGUGAAAUUGUAAAUUUCAAUAUCUUUGAUGCGAUGAAAUACCCGGAUGAGGCUAACUCUGUUUUUGCUUUGAGUGUUAUUGAACCCCUUAUACAGGACACAUUUGAAUUGGAUGGGGAUGAUGCACUGGCAGUGGCAUUGGCCAGACAUCUUGAGAUGGGAGCAACUCUUGAUGUAGAAAUAAGUGAUGAGUUAUACCGAGCAGUUGAAGCACUGCAUUCGCUCCCAUCACUUUCUCCAAGGUAUGAGCUUACUUUUCUCUUUAUAUCGGAAACUCAGGCGAAAUUGUUGCCUUCUGUUGUGCAGGCACCUGAGUUGGAGCUCAAGCCUCUCCCAAAGCACUUGAAGUAUGCAUUUCUCGGAGACAAUGAGACGCUACCAGUCAUCAUAUCUUCUCACCUGUCACCAAGGCAAGAAGACAACCUUAUUCGUCUUCUUCGAGAUCAUAAGGAGGCGAUUGGGUGGAGCAUAGCAGACAUCAAGGGAAUUAGCCCCUCCUUGUGCAUGCAUCGGAUCCGGCUUGAGGAUGAUGCAAAGCCGGUAAGACAGGCGCAACAGAUAUUGAACCUACUAAUGAUGGAAGUGGUAAAGAAGGAUAUACUUAAACUACUGGAAGUAGGAAUCAUUUUCGCCAUCUCAGACAGUCCAUGA